UAGACCCAAUCUUCAGUUUAUAGAAUCAACAACAGCCCAACAACAUUCCCACAAUGAGAACUUUUCUACUGAUCUGUUUCCUGGCUCUGGCCGGCUUCGCACCUGCAGCUCUGGCCCGCAUCUUGGAUCGCUGCUCCCUGGCCCGCGAGAUGAACGAUCUGCUUGUGCCCCGCCGUGAGCUGGCCCGCUGGGCCUGCAUUGCCAAGCACGAGAGCUCCUACCACACCGAUGUGGUGGGGCCGCCCAAACCGGAUAACUCCACUGACUACGGCAUUUUCCAGAUCAACGAUCUUUACUGGUGCCAGCCGGAGGGGGCUGAAUUCUCCUACAACAUGUGCGGCAUAAGCUGCAAUGCCCUUCUCGACAACAACAUCAAACAAUCCGUGACAUGCGCCCAAACGGUGCUCAAAAAGCAGGGAUGGACCGCCUGGUCCACCUGGGACUACUGCAAAGGCAAUCUGCCAUCAAUCGACGAUUGUUUCAAAAACAUACAUCCAUAA